AUGUCUGACCACGAGGACGUGAGUGGCUGAAUCCGCAUUUCGUUCGGCUGGUUGGAGGCCACGCGCGUCUGGCCCCGGCCCACACACGCGCACGUUGGGCAUCCCUUGAGGAGCCGAAAACUGAUCGAUCGCGCUCUACUCUGUUCUCUCUCGCUUAGGUUCCCGCUUUGGUUGACGGCGCCCAAGCCGAUGAGACCGUUUUCGAGGGUGCCAUUGGUGAGUCGCAAGAAAACAGGCUCCGGUGCUCCAGAACGACAAGACCCCGAUGCCCCUGCCGCCACCCGCGCCGCCAUCGUUCGUAGCAAGCGUGCUGAUUCUUCUUUGGCUGUCUUCCACUCUCCCCUCUCUGCUCGGCUUGCGCUCUCUCUUCUUUUUGAAACUUGAUGACGUAUCAUAGGUAUCGAUCUCGGAACCACCUACUCCUGCGUCGGUGUCUGGCAAAACGACCGAGUCGAGAUCAUCGCCAACGACCAGGGUAACCGCACCACCCCUUCUUAUGUCGCCUUCACCGAGACCGAGCGUCUCAUUGGCGACUCGGCCAAGUAAGUCUUGCGCACGUCUCACACAGACUCGAAUCAAAGUCGAUGUUGACGCCCUGAUUCGGCCCUUCAGGAACCAGGCCGCCAUGAACCCCCGCCAGACCGUCUUCGACGCCAAGCGUCUCAUCGGUCGACGAUUUGACGACCCCGACGUCAAGAAGGACCGAGCCCACUGGCCCUUCAAGGUCAUCGACAAGGAGGGCUCGCCCUUCAUCGAGGUCGAGUACCUCAACGAGACCAAGACCUUCUCCCCCGCCGAGAUCUCGUCCAUGGUCCUCUCCAAGCUCAAGGAGACCGCCGAGACCAAACUCGGCAAGGAGGUCAAGAAGGCCGUCGUUACCGUCCCCGCUUACUUCAACGACUCGCAGCGUCUCUCGACCAAGGACGCCGGAACGAUCGCCGGUUUGGACGUGCUCCGUAUCAUCAACGAGCCCACCGCCGCCGCCAUCGCCUACGGUCUCGGUGAGGCCACCGAGAAGUCCAAGAAGGAGAAGCUCGUUCUCAUCUUCGAUCUCGGAGGAGGAACUUUCGAUGUCUCGCUCUUGACCAUCUCGGGUGGUGUCUUCGCCGUCAAGGCCACCGCCGGUGACACCCACUUGGGUGGUGAGGACUUUGACAACGCCCUCUUGGAGCACUUCAAGAAGGAGUUUGAGAGGAAGAACAAGCUCGACAUCUCCGAGGACCCGCGUGCCCUCCGUCGUCUCCGAUCCGCGUGCGAGCGUGCCAAGCGCACCCUUUCGUCCGUUACGCAGACGACCGUCGAGGUCGACUCGCUCUUCCAAGGUACCGACUUCUCCGCCUCGAUCUCGCGUGCCCGCUUCGAGGAGAUCAACGCCGCCACCUUCCGCUCCACGCUCGACCCCGUCGAGAAGGUCCUCAAGGACGCCAAGGUCGACCGCACCAAGGUCGACGACAUCGUCCUCGUCGGUGGCUCGACCCGUAUCCCCAAGAUCCAAUCGCUCGUCUCCGAGUUCUUCGGUGGCCGACAAUUGAACAAGUCGAUCAACCCCGAUGAGGCCGUUGCCUACGGUGCCGCCGUUCAGGCCGCCGUCUUGACCGGUCAGACUUCGGAGCGCACCGCCGACUUGCUCUUGCUCGAUGUCGCCCCGCUCUCGCUCGGUGUCGCCAUGCAAGGUGACGUCUUCGGUUGCGUCAUCCCCCGCAACACCCCCAUCCCCACCAGCAAGUCGCGAACUUUCACGACCGUCGAGGACAACCAGACGACCGUCACUUUCCCCGUCCACGAGGGAGAGCGUGUCACGUGCAAGGAGAACCGAUUGCUCGGCGAGUUCGAGCUGUCCGGCAUCACACCUCAACCCCGUGGCCAAGCCGAGCUCGUCUGCACCUUCGAGGUCGACGCCAACGGUCUCCUCAGGGUCUCCGCCCUCGACCGAACCUCGGGCCGCCGCGCCAACAUUAGCAUCACCAACUCGGUCGGUCGCCUCUCGUCGACCGAGAUCGAGCAGAUGCUCAAGGACGCCGAGGUGUACAAGCAAGCCGACAAGGAGUUCUCGGCCAAGCACGAGGCCAAGUCUGAGCUCGAGUCGUACAUCUCGUCCGUCGAGUCGACCAUCACCUCCCCCGAGGUCGGCGCCAAGAUCAAGCGUCAGAACAAGGCCGCCGUCGAGUCCGAGUUGGCCAAGGCGCUCGAGCGCCUCGAGAUCGAGGAGUCGACCGCCGACGAGCUCAAGAAGGCUCACCUCCUGCUCCGUCGCUCGAUGCAAAAGGCUAUGUCCGGUAUCUCUGGCCGAGGUUAA